AUGCACACUGAAGCUAUUGAUCCUGUCAGCGAUUCCCGUUCUGAAUCCUCUUCGAGCAAUGUCAAGCACAAUGAGCCUAAUGAGCAACAAGUGGAGGUUACUGUUGUUGCUGCAAAAGCUGCGAAGCUUCGAGAAAAUAUUAAAACCAAUGGGUGGAUCGAAGUGAACGCGAACAACGUGAAGGAAGAAAUCAGCAGAAUUUAUGCAGCUACGGGUGAAGCCUGGGUUUACAAUAACAAAGGGGUGGACCCUGAGAAAAUUGCUAUAAAGGGUAAGGUUGAUCGCGUGAUUGACGAAAUGAAACAUGUUGAUUUAUUCAAUGCUUGUGCU